AUGAGUGCAAGUGCAGUGCACAAAAUCCUUUGUGUUACUUGUAAUAAAAGCACAGGUAUCUUAACCUGUCAUGGAUGUCAACGUGUAUUCUGUGGGAAACAUGUUAUUGAACAUCGACAAGAAUUAGCUGCACAAUUGGAUAGCAUUGCACAAGAUUAUGAUAUAUUUAAACAUGACGUUUCAGAAUUAGCACUAGAUGAUUCAUCGAUCGAGAAGAUUAAUCAAUGGGAAGAAGAAUAUGUGAAAAAGAUUCGACUUGCCGCUGAAACUUCAAGAAAGAAUCUACAAAAUUCAUUUGACCAAUCGAAACAACAGUUGAUAAAUGCGUGCCAUGAUAUAGCUGUUGGCAUAUGUACAUCUCGUACAGCCGAUGAUUAUGCUGAAAAUGAACUAGCUCGUUGGAAAGAACAACUCGAACAAUUGAAAUCAGAAAGUUCAAUUCAAUGUUCGAUUAACAUUACAGAAAAUCAAAAAUCUAUCGUUCAUUCACUCACACAUCCGAAGAAGAAAUCGGAUAAGGAACAAACAGUUAACAAUGAACAAUCCUCUUCAUCCAACUCGCCAAAUCAAGACAAAUUUCUAGAUGUACUCGGUGCUGUUAAACUCGAAGACAAAGGUCAUCUUGCCAAACAGAUGCUCACUGGUCGUAAACAUAGUUAUAUACAAGGUCAAUCAUUAUAUUCAACCGGUCGGCACGUGGUGCGAAUAAAAAUUGAAAAAUACAAACAACCGUAUCAUAUUUUUUUCGGAUGUAAAUCAUCAGAAACAGUUCUGAAAGGAGAAAUGGAAAAAUCCGUUGACGUCGUCGGAUGGUUUGGAUUCAAUCAAGUAUACGAACAUGGACAAUGUUCUAGUAAUUGUAAAAAACAUAAAUAUAAGAGCAAUUUAAUUCAACAAGGAGAUGUAAUACAUGUUAUCUUUGAUUGUAAUGAGCGCACGAUGUGUUUAUUUAAUUCACGAUUGAAUAUAACAAACAAAUUGAAAGUUAAUGUCAAUAACACACCUUAUCCUUGGCGAUUAUUGAUCAUUUUGUCUCAUAAAGAUGAUUGUGUAAGAAUGCUUCGUGUCUAG